AUGAGUACACUCGUGGAGCCGGGUGAUGUCCACACCAUUGCCCCCGAGAUGCCAGCCAUGUUUGAUGGCAUGAAGCUGGCUGCUGUCGCAACGGUGCUCUAUUUCCUGGUGCGCUGUCUGAAUCUGAAGAGUCCCACGGCCCCGCCUGAUGUCACCUAUCAGGACACGCCCCUCAAUCGCUACCUGCUCAAGUCCUGCCCCAUCCUGACCAAAGCGUGAGUACUGAUACCUAUCCAGCAGAUAGGAUGCCAUUUGGGACACAGCCACUAUCACCUAUAGAGGCCUGGUCAAAAGUAGUAAACGAUAUAGGAAAUGGGGUGCCAUUUGGGAUGCAAACUGUGUCCACUGUUCCCUUGCACCGGCGCACACAGGCCUACUUGAGAGCAAGCACACAAACAUGAGCGAAAUAGCAGUAAUGCCAUGCAGUGCUUCCUGGAACAUGUUAUGUUGUUGUGAAUAUGGUAUCAAUAUCAAAUUCCAGAGCAGACUGGUACAUGCCACACACACAGACAGUCACACACUCAUACUCAUAAAUCCACACAUACUGUAGCUACAGGACAUACUAUCCCUUUUUCAUAAACACCCUUAAUCUGUCCUUUCCCCUGAGUCGUGAUCACUUUCAACCCAGUCUUGAUAGUGCCCUUUUCACAGUACCUCCCUGUGAGACCAAUCCUCUACACUCCCUGCCUCAGUCAACGGCUGUCCAGACAACCUGAGAUGCCCUGUGUGUGGGUAUAGGAGGUGUCCUAUUAAGACUAUUAUUUUACAGCCACAUCGGAAUUACAUAACAUCUACAGUAUGGACCACACUGCAGACUUAGCAUGACUAAAUUACACUGUCUUUACAUGGAUAAAGUGAACAUUUUAAGAGAAACUCUCUAGCUAAAGGAUAUAGGCAGCUGUUUGUCUUGUGUUUCAUUGAGGCAUAUUUGCAGAUCAGCUUAAUAUUGCAAAUAGAUUGUAACUUCCAUCAAUGUAAUUGUCUGCAUCACUUCCAAUCCCCCAUGUUUUUUUUAAUAUAUAUAUACUCCCCUUUUAUUACUUUUCAACCCCGCAAUCCUUUCCCUACUUGGGGUAAAUUAGUGAACAACAAUGCUUAGGCCUCUACUUCCAGCUUAUACUUACUAUCUACAUUUUAUGGACACAGUCAAUUUUACAAUAAUUAUAUUUUAUUUGUUUUUGCUCCUGAACUUCUUCUACUCUCAACCUCUCCGAUCAUUUUCAUGAUGUCCAUCCGGUUUGCUUCUAUAUGCCAUAUCUUUUUAACUGUGCUCUUUCCCAAAAGCUCCCAACAUACAACCUAUAUACUUAUUAUGGACACAGUAUGCUUACAUUAUUAGUUAUCUUGUUAUUAGUCCCAUCCUUCAACUCCAUUCAACACCUCCCAUCUAUCUCUUAACACCAUCCAUAUAAGAUUUCUAUUUGCCAUAUAUAUUUCAACUGUACUGUGAUGUCUUACAAAAGUUCUGAACCUUUCUAUUCUCAUUGCUUCUACCGAUUGUGAAUUAAAAAUAAACAUUUUUGCUAAAAGUAUUAUUAUAUUAUUGAUUGAUUUAACUAUGGCUUUUCAGAUCACCCAGUAAUGCUAUCUGCAAGGUUAGCUCCACGUAAAUAUUGCAAUCCUUUAGCCAUUCCUGGACCUGUGUCCAAAAACAAGCUACAAAUGGACAGAACCAAAACAAAUGAUCUAAUGAUUCUGUCUCUUCACAGCAAAAUCUGCAGAGCUGGGAAGACUGUAUCCCCCAUAUAAAUAACAUUCUAUUGGUAGCAAGAAUUUUAUAUAAUUUAAAUUGAAAGAUUCUAAUUUUUGAAUCCGGUGUCGUUUUGCGUGUCAGUUCAUAAACACUAUGCCAUGGGAUCGGUACGUCAAAAAUCUCUUCCCAACUAUUUUGCAAUCUAUAUGGGACGGCUGUCAAUCCUUUGGUCCUUAAAUGAAACUGAUAUACUUUUUUAUUUAUCACAGUUUUCCUUAACCAAUUAUGUUCUUUAAUGCAAGGCCGACAGACAAGUUCCUUACUUUCUCCCCCUUCCACUUUCCUCUUCCAUUUUUGCGGUAAGGCUGCAAUUACAGUGGGGGAAAAAAGUAUUUAGUCAGCCACCAAUUGUGCAAGUUCUCCCACUUAAAAAGAUGAGAGGCCUGUUAUUUUCAUCAUAGGUACACGUCAACUAUGAUAGACAAAUUGAGGGGAAAAAAAUCCAGAAAAUCACAUUGUAGGAUUUUUAAUGAAUUUAUUUGCAAAUUAUGGUGGAAAAUAAGUAUUUGGUCAAUAACAAAUAAGCAAGAUUUCUGGCUCUCACAGACCUGUAACUUCUUCUUUAAGAGGCUCCUCUGUCCUUCACUCGUUACCUGUAUUAAUGGCACCUGUUUGAACUUGUUAUCUGUAUAAAAGACACAUGCCCACAACCUCAAACAGUCACACUCCAAACUCCACUAUGGCCAAGACCAAAGAGCUGUCAAAGGACACCAGAAACAAAAUUGUAGACCUGCACCAGGCUGGGAAGACUGAAUCUGCAAUAGGUAAGCAGCUUGGUUUGAAGAAAUCAACUGUGGGAGCAAUUAUUAGGAAAUGGAAGACAUACAAGACCACUGAUAAUCUCCCUCGAUCCCUCGCAAGAUCUCACCCCGUGGGGUCAAAAUUAUCACAAGAACGGUGAGCAAAAAUCCCAGAACCACACGGGGGGACCUAGUGAAUGACCUGCAGAGAGCUGGGACCAAAGUAACAAAGCCUACCAUCAGUAACACACUACGCCGCCAGGGACUCAAAUCCUGCAGUGCCAGACGUGUCCCCCUGCUUAAGCCAGUACAUGUCCAGGCCCAUCUGAAGUUUGCUAGAGUGCAUUUGGAUGAUCCAGAAGAGGAUUGGGAGAAUGUCAUAUGGUCAGAUGAAACCAAAAUAGAACUUUUUGGUAAAAACUCAACUCGUUGUGUUUAGAGGACAAAGAAUGCUGAGUUGCAUCCAAAGAACACCAUACCUACUGUGAAGCAUGGGGGUGGAAACAUCAUGCUUUGGGGCUGUUUUUCUGCAAAGGGACCAGGACGACUGAUCCGUGUAAAGGAAAGAAUGAAUGGGACCAUGUAUUGUGAGAUUUUGAGUGAAAACCUCCUUCCAUCAGCAAGGGCAUUGAAGAUGAAACGUGGCUGGGUCUUUCAGCAUGACAAUGAUCCCAAACACACCGCCCGGGCAACGAAGGAGUGGCUUCGUAAGAAGCAUUUCAAGGUCCUGGAGUGGCCUAGCCAGUCUCCAGAUCUCAACCCCAUAGAAAAUCUUUGGAGGGAGUUGAGAGUCCGUGUUGCCCAGCGACAGCCCCAAAACAUCACUGCUCUAGAGGAGAUCUGCAUGGAGGAAUGGGCCAAAAUACCAGCAACAGUGUGUGAAAACCUUGUGAAGACUUACAGAAAACGUUUGACCUGUGUCAUUGCCAACAAAGGGUAUAUAACAAAGUAUUGAGAAACUUUUGUUAUUGACCAAAUACUUAUUUUCCACCAUAAUUUGCAAAUAAACUCAUUUAAAAAUCCUACAAUGAAUUUAACCACAAUAUUUGUUGCAUUAUUUGUUCUGUCGUUUCUGGAGGAUUAAAUUGAAAUUGCAACCAACUUUCUAUGGCUUGUUUUAGAAAUAGUGAUAUUUGGGAGAUGAUUUCCUUUUCAAAUAACUGAAAAUGAGCAGUUGUAAUCUGAAUAAAGGGGAAAAAGGCCAUUCUUGAACAUUGGGUGAGACAAUCUUACUAAUUUGUUUGAGAACCAGUUCAGAUGUAAGUAUAACUUUUGUAUGACUGAAGCUUUUAGUGAUAGGUCUAAUGCUUUUAAUAUUUAAUAAUUUCUGUCCUCCGAAUUCAUAUUCAUUAUAUAAAUAGGCCCUUUUAAUUUUGUCUGGCUUGCCGUUCCAAAUAAAAUUUGAAUAUUUUUAUUCUCAUAUAAUUUAAAAAAAACUGUUCGCUAGGCUUAGGCAAGACCAUAAGCAAAUAGGUAAACUGGGAUAAUACUAAAGAGUUAAUCAGGGUGAUUUUUCCACAAAUUGACAGGUAUUUACCUUUCCAUGGUAGCAAGAUCUUAUCUAUUUUUGCUCACUUUCGAUUAAAAUUUAUUGAAGUGAGAUCAUUUAUUACAUUUGGGAUAUGUAUUCCGAGUAUAUCCACAUCACCAUCAGACCAUUUUAUUGGUAAACUACAUGGUAAUGUAAAAAUUGUAUUUUUUAGUGAUCCAAUACGUAAUAUAGUACAUUUGUCAUAAUUUGGUUGUAAUCCAGAGAGAUUAGAAAAUGUAUCUUGAUCCUCUGAGGCUGUGGAGGGAUUCUAGUUGUGGAUUUAAAAGAAAACAUGAAUCAUCAGCGUACAAUGACACACCUUUGUUUUCAAUCCCUGGAUUUCUAAUCCUCUGAUAUUAUUAUUGGAUCUGAUUUUAAUAGCUAACAUCUCGAUAGCCACAAUAAAUAGAUAUGCCGAUAGUGGACAACCUUGUUUCACGCCUCUUGACAGUUUAAAACUUUCUGAUAAAUGCCCAUUAUUUACUAUUUUACACCUAGGGUUACUAUACAUGGUUUUGACCCAUGUUAUAAGAGAUUCUCCAAAAUUGAAAUGCUCCAGGCAUUUAUAUAUAAACCCCAGUCGUACUUUAUCAAAUGCCUUUUUGAAGUCUGCUAUGAAUACCAGGCCUGAUUUCCCAUAUUUUCCAUAGUGUUCUAUUGCUUCCAAUACUUCCCUUAUAUUAUCUCCAAUGUAUCUUCCAUGUAAAAAACCUGUCUGAUUGAAUGAAUAAUAUCCGACAAUACCUUUUUAAUUCUAUGCGCUAUACAUUUUGCUCGAAUUUUUGCAUCACAACACUGAAGUGUAAGGGGCCUCCAAUUUUUUUAAUGGACUGGAUCUUUAUAUUUUCCACUUGUAUCCUGUUUCAGUAAUAUUGAGAUAUUCUUCUUGAGUGUCAGAUAAUCUACCAUUUACAUAGCAGUGAUUAAAACAUGCUAAUAACGGUCCUCUUAGUAUAUCAAAAAAGGUUUGGUAUGCCAUCCAACCCUGGAGUUUUCCCGGACUUAAAGUCUUUAAUUGCAUCCAGAAGUUCCUCCUCUGUAAUUUCACCUUCACAUGAGUCUUUCUGUAUGGCUGUUAAUUUUACAUUAUCAAUAGAAAAACAUUCUCUACAAUUAGCUUCAGUUAGAGGAGAUGGAGGCGACUGAAAAGAAAACAUAUGCUUAAAGUACCUUGUUUCCUCCUUCAAAAUAUAAUUUGGUGAAUUAUGGGUGACUCCGUCAAUUGUAACCAAUUUCAUUAAAUUCUUUUUGGUAGCAUUCCUAUGUUGAAGAUUAAAAAAGAAUUUUGUGCAUUUUUCCCCAUAUUCCAUCCAGUUUGCUUUAUUUUUUAUAAUAUAUUACACUUGAUCUUUCUUGAAUAAGUUUCUCCAUUUCUUUUUGUUUUUCCUCUAAUUUAUUCUGAGCCUCUAUGUUAGUUUUUAUUGCCGUCUAUCUGUUCUGUUAGACUUUCUAUUUCCUUUGUUAGUAUAAACUCUUUUGACCUAAAUUGCUUUUGUUUUCGAGAUGAGUACUGAAUUGCAUGGCCUCUAAAGGCACAUUUAAAGGAGUCCCAUACAAUAAGGGGAUUUGCUGUACCUAUGUUAUGUCGGAAAAAGUCAGUUAUAAAUUCCUUUGUUCUAAUUAUAAAUAAAUUUACCAUCCAAUAGGCUUUGAUUAAAUUUCCAAUAUCCUCGCCCACGUGGAAAUUCAGUAAGAGUAAUGUAUAUGCCAAUUAUAUGAUGGUCCGACCGCAUUCUGUGCCCUAUCAACACUUUUUAAAACUUUUGGUGCCAACGAGAAUGAGAUAAGAAAGUCAAGACGACUAGCUUGAUUGAGUCUCCGCCAUGUAUAUCUCACUAGAUCAGGAUAUUUAAGCCUCCAUAUAUCUACUAGUUCUAAUGUAUCCAUGACAUUUCACAAUUUCCUUAAGAGCAUGUGGGUGAUUGUUUGUGGUGUGAAUUCCUUUACGGUCCAUUGAGCUAUAUAAAACAGUAUUAUAAUCCCCCACCAUAAUAAUAUUGUCUUGAAUUGCUUGCAGGGUUGAUAAUUUAUUAUAUAUAUUGUCAAAGAAGUGUGGAUCAUCAUUAUUUGGUCCGUAAAGGUUAAUGAGCCAUAUCUGUUUAUGGUCCAAUAACAUAUUUAAAAUAAUCCAUCUACCUUGCGUAUCUAUUUGGACAAUUUGCACAUUCGGAUCGAAAUUACUAUUAAUUAAUAUCAUCACCCCUUUUGAAUUUCUUUGCCCAUGGGAGAAGUAUAUUCCCCCCCCCCCCCCCCCCAUUCCUUUUUCCACGCAACUUAAUCUUGAAUUAUUGAAUGAGUUUCCUGUAUACAAUAGAUAUUAUAUUCCUUCUCUUUGAGCCAUGUAAAUAUUGUUCUUCUUUUGUUAUCAGCUAAACCAUUACAAUUAUAACUGGCUAUACUUAUUUCACCACUUACCAUAAUGAGAUACAGGUUUCAUAUAUUUUUGUAAAUUUACCAAUAAAAAAUACCGUAAUGAUUGAGUGUCCAUAUAGCUGUACCAUGAUAUUUGCAUUGCUACUGAGUAACCCUUCAAUUGUUCUCCAAUAAUUCCCCCGCUAAAGCCCCUCCCCAUCCCAAAUUGAGCCGUCAUCCCAGUGAUCAGCAUCCCACCCACGUUCCUCCGGAUCCCUAAGGCCCCGAGAGGCCAGGACCCAUCCAUCGAAAACAGCACACAGUGCCACCCACAAAUCCGAAGCAGAUUAACUGCCAAAAGCAUUUCCAAUGCUGUCACCUCAUAUAUUAAAAAAAAUAAUGCAUAUCCUAUUUUCCAUCAUUAUCAAUUAAUAUGCGUAAUAAUGUCGGCAGUUCAUGCGUAGGAUUUUAACAUAUAACCCGGAUUGCCAUUGUAUUACAUUUAAUUUAUUGACAAGCAAUUAUUAUCCUACCAAAUAAUUUCAGUGGUCCAUCCCAUACCCCCCACAACAGAUGCCGGACAAACACACACACUCACAUACUCCAACACACUCAACCCCCCUCCUCCACAAUCCACCAUAAAAUCAGAUACUCAACGGCUGUUAUAUCCCAGAGCCCAACUCAAGAAAGGACCUGAUUUACGAGUGCACAUACAGUUACAGCUGAUUGAGAAAGCAUGCAGAUUGAGCUGAAAUUGACAACAGUGUGAGAUUUGAUUAAUCUACUUAAUCUAUGUCAAGUCCUAGUUGAUGGAGAUCAGAUCCACCCUCUUCACCUGAGACACACACUCUGAUCCCCUGUUGUAACCAUUUUUCCCAAGCAUCUCCGUGCAGUCAGACCUUUGAUUAUUUUGUGCCACCUGGGCCACAAUGAUAAACCCCCUCUCUGAUUGUCCGAGUGUGACCCCAUCCCCAUGGGUCACUGCAGCCAGUGUUGCCAGCACUGCCACUACCUGGGUGGGGGUACCCCACCGGCUAGGUAAAAGGUCGUCAAGGUUCUCAUUAGCAGCUUUGAGAAUUUCCUUGUAUAUAAUGCUCUCCCAUCAGGGGGCUCUGGCUUUGUAGGACCAACCCUGCCAGGCAGGCUCAGAAUCUUGAGGGGGCGGUGCUGCUCAAGUAGGUCUCUGACCGCAUUUAUUUCUCUGUUUAGGCUGCAUACUCACAGCAGGUCCAUAAAAGAGAUGGGAACUUCUCUUUGGUGUAUGGGUCACUCAGGUGGGUGUCCAGGAUAUAGGGUUAGGGAUCUUUCCAUCAUGAUAGGACAAUAAAACAUUUGAUUAGAUGUAUGCUAUAUUUAAAAAUGUAUAUCCCUCAUCUAUUAUUAUUAUUAUUAUUAUUAUUAUUAUUAUUAUUAUUAUCUACACAAAAUUGAAAGCUCUCUCUCACUACCCCUGCUCAUAGACCCCUGUCGGCUCUGGGAUAUGCAACCAUUUCCCCUCUCACUCACUAACGUCGCACCUUUCCAAACACAAAAAUGCACACCACAUGGUUGACUGCGGAAGAAAUGGGCCGAGCGUGCAAACGCUCCUGCAUCCACACCUGCCGCAAGGGGGAAAGGACGCCAGAGAGAACACAGGACCAACCACAACAACCAUGUUAAUGUCUUGCUACCAGUGAUAUAUUACUAAUAAUUGAUCCUAUAGGCCAAAGCCUGGUCACAGAGCGGGGAAACAAGGUUACAUAACACAGUUGUGUGUCUCUUUGCGUGAGAUGGAAAGACUAUGCCAGAGGCACAGCUAGGAUCCAGAGUUACUCGCAAAUUACAUGUUUGUACAUGCAAUAACAUGUUAACUUCAUGCUAGAUUUUGUGUGUGCUUUAGCGUGUGAUUCCAUGCACGUGUGUGUGUGUGGAAUGUACCAGUUCGCUCUGGGAUUUCAUACCAUGUUCACAACACAAAAUGUUCCACAAGGCACUGACAUUACUGCUCUUACAUCACUGGCUCACUCUGCUCUCACACAUCCACUCUUGCCCAUUUGUGUAUUCACACAGGUACAUACCACCGCUGCUGUGGGGGAAGAGUGGACACCUCCAGACGGCCCUGUAUGGGAAGAUGGGGCGUGUCAGCUCCCCGACCCCCUGUGGGGUACGCAAGUACCUCCUCAUGCAGGAUGGGGCCACUGCCACCUUUGACCUCUUCGAGCCGCUGGGUGACCACCGCACUGGAGGUGAGAUAUUCGCUCCUAGGUGCAGAACUCAGCUUCCCCUGCCCCAAUCAUAACCUUAACCAUUAGUGAGGAAAUGUAAAAAUGACCCAAGAUCAGCGUCUAGGGGCAGCUUCACCCUACUCUGAGAUAUUCAGUGUCAUGUACUGUACCACAUGUCAUGUACAGACCUGGGUUCAAAUACUAUUUUAAAUCUUUCAAAUACUUGUAGUGUUUGCUUGAAUAAUAAUAAUAACUUUAUUUAUAGAGCGCUUUUCGAUAACAUGUUAACAAAGUGCUUUGCCUCAAGUGUAUAAUAAAAGUACGAUAGAGACUGGAGAAGAAAAACAAAAUGGCUAUAUAAAAUCAUAUAUUUAAAAGCAGUUUUAUAAAAGUGGGUUUUCAGGGGGGAUUUAAAGAGGCACUGAAUCAGCAAGCCUGAUCUCCUCUGGCAGACCAUUACAAAGUUCAACCUAGAAUUUGGAAUGGUCAACAAUGCUUUACCAGGGGAUCUCGAGCUGCAUUUUGGCACAUAGGGAGAGAGAAGUUCUGCAAUGUAGGUUGGGGCUAAACCAAGCCUAACCUUAAACAUAAUUGUAUCUGUUCUAAAGGUGUUUUGUAGCCAGUGUAGGGAAGCUAGCCUGCCUGGAGUGCCAGAUGGGUGGGAUUUGCACUUUUGCAAUUAUUGUGUUGGUUCAAUUAUGCCAAACGAGCUCAAUCAAGCCCAGCUAAAGUAUUUGAAAUUAUUUCAAAUAGUAUUUGAACCCAGGUCUGCUCAUGUACCACAUGCCAUGUACAGUACUCUAUCUGUGAUUGGGCAUGACUCAGCCUAUUGGUUAGGGUUACAAAAACAGCUGUGCUGUGGUCAAUACUGUCUGCAACUGUCUGCAUCCCUUCAAGUCCUCAGUGUAGUGGCACUUCAAAAUGAGUUUUGAAUGCAACAGGUCUGCGAUUCGUGUGCAUUAUUUUGACAUUUUUAGGUAAUUCAUCGUAUGGAAUUGGCUUUGGUUGGUGUCCACUGUUUCCUUAUCUUGAAUACUGUAUGUCAAGGUAACAUAUAUAUAUAUCUUUUUUUUUUUUCUCAAGGACUGUUGACUUUUUUGGCACCUGCCCUAGGGUAUCUAAUUGGGUUCGAGACCAUUAGCAAGAUGGUCCCCCUGAGAAAAGAGUAGCAUAGUCACCGGCCUCCAAUUUUGUAAACAAACACACCCUUUAUCUGUGCAGUGACUCCCUGGUAGGCUUGGACGGUAUACUGGGGUAUUUUGAAAUACAGAUGGUAUGAUUUUAAUAAUAAUAAUAAUAAUAAUAAUAAUAAUAAUAAUAAUGAUAAUAAUAGCAGCUAAGUAGCUAGCCUGCAAGAUCAAGCUUCUUGGUUACAGCAGAGGCAAUCAAUCAAGAUUCUUGGGGCCUCAUUUAUAAAUGUACCCCCAAAAUGUGUGUGCGCCAAUUUUCACGCAAAAGUUGGCAUUAAUAAAAAUUGAACUUGAUGUGAGAAUGUGCUCACCUCCAAGCAAACUUUAGACCAUGUGUACACACAUCUCUGCUAGUGGUUGAAAUAUUGUAUUGCAAGCUGGCAAGUAAGUGUUUUGUGCAAAUGGGGGAUAUGAUGAAAAGCUUAUUCAUAAAAAAACAGGAAAACAAGAAUUCAGCCAUUUGCCGUUGGUGAGAAGAGCGAAUCUAAAAUAUAGACAUUUCAUAUUUUUCCUAUUUAUUUUUGUUUUCAUAACAGUUGCAGAAAAAAAUGCUCACCUUUUCUGGCUGUGAUGGGUUCAUAUUCCCCAAGUAGCCAUACAACAAAGUACCAUGCACAGCUCUCAUUUAAUUGGACCUAGUAAAUAGACUGGCUAUAUGUAUUUCAAGUUUUGCAAUCCCAUAGGCAGCGCUGUUUUAUAUUAUUCAGUCAAAUUUAACAGGUGAACAGUUGAUAUUUUACAUUGAAGUAGGCUGUAGCAUACAUAAGCCUACCUUAAUCUAAAAUAUCAACUGUUCACUUGUUAAAUUCAACUGUGUAUUAUAAAUAGCACUGCCUAUGGGAUUAUUGCAUUUCAACAUCAAAAAAAUGAGUAGCCUGCCCUAGACAAUGUUUCAGAAUUCACGGGCAGUCCAUCAUUUAGGUUGUGGGAAAAGUCGAUGCAAAACAUUGUUGAAUUCAAACGUUAUGCUGCCAGGUCCAUAAUAAUUUGACAUUGUUUUCUCUUUCAGAAACGGACACAGUCCUUUGCCAGAUACAGCAUAGAUUAAAGCAUUCUGCCAACUCAGUAAAUAAACUGGUAGCUUAUGUAAAAUAUUUGAAACUAUGGUUAGGAUACAGUAUUGCUGUGCGACAGGAGCGCGACACCAUUGCCUAUUUUAAUCUCCGAGCCUAUACCAAGGCAGGACAUUGUAACCCAAUCUAUUGAUAAACUACAUUUGUAAAAAAAAAAAAGUUAUUGUCACCAUAAAAGGUGAAUGGAGGGCGUUUUCCAGGCAGAGUUUUAAUGCUUGUUCACGCUCACACAGUUUUACAACCGGUCUGAUUUAUAACUGGGAAACAUGCGUAUGUAUGGCGUGCGCCAAGUUUAUAAAUCUUAAUAUUGUUGUACCUGUGCAGACUUUUCAGAAAUUGCGCAUGCAGAAAUGUUGUGUGAAAUUUAAGCAACGGUUAUAAAUGAGGCCCCUGCUGCCUAAAUGUGUUUUGUGCGUCCCCCCCCCCCCCCCAAAUUAAAAAAAAAAAGAAAUAGCGGCCCUUGUGUGCACUGCUGGUAAUACCCUGUACCCCGGUCUGGUACAGAACGGUAUGAAAAUCUGGAUGCCGCCUAACCCUACUCCUUGGUCUUGUUCAUUAGGCACCACACAGAAGAAAAUGACUGAAACAGGGAAGGACUACCGGGACUGGUCCAAUGCAAAUUUUAAAUUUCCUGUUGCAAAAUGUUUUAAAGCGUUUUCCACUGUGUGCCCUAAUGAAUAUGACCCUGUUGCACAUAGAAUAGCAUACUUUUCAACCUUCAAUUUACCCUAACACCACCUACCCACGGACUCCCCUUUUGCACCCGUGUUUGUUUACUGUGUUUUUACUCCAAAGAUGACAUCACAAUGGUGAUCUGCCCGGGGAUUGGUAACCACAGUGAGAAGCACUACAUCCGCACCUUUGUGGAUCACUCCCAGAGGCAGGGAUACAGGUGUGCUGUUCUCAACCAUCUGGGGGCCCUGCCCAACAUCGAGCUCACCUCGCCACGCAUGUUCACCUACGGUAAGACAGACAGGGCCAGGGCUCUGUUAAGUACGCAUAUUGUUGUCCUUUUAAUAAUAAAGCUGUGAAGAGACAGUCAUUAGAUCAUUUAUUUUGGUACUGUCCAUAUGUAGCUUGUUUUUGGUCACAGGUCCAGGAAUGGCAGAAGAAUUGCAACAUUUACCUGGAGCUAACGCUGGAGAUGGCACUACUGGGUGAUUUGAAAAGUCAUAGUCAAUCGAUCAAUAAUAUAAGAAUACUUUUAGCAAAACAUUUUAUCUUUAAUUUACAAUCUGUAGAAACAUGGCAAAAUGGAAAUCCAAUAUGGAUGGUGUUAAGAGAUAGAUGGGAGGAGCUGAAGGGUGGGACUAAUAACAACAAGAUAAAUGUCCGUAAAAUGUAUAUAGGUUCAGAACUUUUGUGAAACAGCACAGUUAAAGAAUAUAUAGAAAUCAAACUGGAUGGACAUCAGAAAUAGAUGGGAGAGGUUGAGGGAAGAGGAAGGACAGCACUAAAAACAAACAAAUAGAACUAUUGUAAAAUAGAAUGUGUCCUUAAAAUGUAUAUAGUAUGUACAGUGAGGGGAAAAAAGUAUUUGAUCCCAUGCUGAUUUUGUACGUUUGUCCACUGACAAAGACACGAUCAGUCUAUAAUUUUAAUGGUAGGUUUAUUUGAACAGUGAGAGACAGAAUAACAACCAAAAAAUCCAGAAAAACGCAUGUCAAAAAUGUUCUAAAUUGAUAUGCAUUUUAAUGAGGGAAAUAAAUAUUUGACCCCCUCUCAAUCAGAAAGAUUUCUGGCUCCCAGGUGUCUUUUAUACAGGUAACGAGCUGAGAUUAGGAGCUUCUUCUUGAGCCACUCCUUUGUUGCCUUGGCCGUGUGUUUUGGGUCAUUGUCAAGCUGGAAUACCCAUCCACAACCCAUUUUCAAUGCCCUGGCUGAGGGAAGGAGGUUCUCACCCAAGAUUUGACGGUACAUGGCCCCGUCCAUUGUCCCUUUGAUGCGGUGAAGUUGUCCUGUCCCCUUAGCAGAAAAACACCCCCAAAGCAUAAUGUUUCCACCUCUAUGUUUGACAGUGGGGAUGGUGUUCUUGGUGUCAUAGGCAGCAUUCCUCCUCCUCCAAACACGGCGAAUUGAGUUGAUGCCAAAGAGCUCGAUUUUGGUCUCAUCUGACCACAACACUUUCACCCAGUUCUCCUCUGAAUCAUUCAGAUGUUCAUUGGCAAACUUCAGACGGGCCUGUAUAUGUGCUUUCUUGAGCAGGGGGACCUUGCGGGCGCUGCAGGAUUUCAGUCCUUCACGGCGUAGUGUGUUACCAAUUGUUUUCUUGGUGACUAUGGUCACAGCUGCCUUGAGAUCAUUGACAAGAUCCUCCCGUGUAGUUCUGGGCUGAAUCCUCACCGUUCUCAUGACCAUUGCAACUCCACGAGGUGAGAUCUUGCCCCAGGCCGAGGGAGAUUGACAGUUAUUUUGUGUUUCUUCCAUUUGCGAAUAAUCGCACCAGCUGUUGUCACCUUCUCACCAAGCUGCUUGGCGAUGGUCUUGUAGCCCAUUCCAGCCUUGUGUAGGUCUACAAUCUUGUUCCUGACAUCCUUGGAGCACUGUUUGGUCUUGGCCAUGGUGGAGAGUUUGGAAUCUGAUUGAUUGAUUGCUUCUGUGGAUAGGUGUCUUUUAUACAGGUAGCAAGCUGAGAUUAGGAGCACUCCCUUUAAGAGUGUGCUCCUAAUCUCAGCUCGUUACCUGUAUAAAAGACACCUGGGAGCAAGAAAUCUUUCUGAUUGAGAGGGGGUAAAAUAUUUAUUUCCCUCAUUAAAAUGCAAAUCAAUUUAGAACAUUUUUGACAUGUGUUUUUCUGGAUUUUUUUGGUUGUUAUUCUGUCUCUCACUGCUCAAAUAAACCUACCAUUUAAAAUUAUAGACUGAUCAUUUCUUUGUCAGUGGGCAAACGUACAAAAUCAGCAGGGGAUCAAAUACUUUUUUCCCUCACUGUAUAAGCUGGAAGUAGAAGCCUAAGUGAUGGUGUUCAUUAGUUUACUCCAGUUAGGGGAGGGGUGGUAGGGUUAGCGGAAAAUAAUAAUGGAAAUAUAUUUUUACAAGGUGUGUGGAAAAUUAUAUAUAUAUUUACACACACACACACACAGUACCAGUCAAAAGUUUGUACACAACUACUCAUUCAAGGGUUUUUCUUUAUUUUUACUAUUUUCUACGUUGUAGAAUAAUAGUGAAGACAUCAAAACUAUGAAAUAGCACAUAUGGAAUGAUGUAGUAACCAAAAAAGUGUUAAACAAAUCAAAAUAUAUUUGAGAUUCUUCAAAUAGCCACCCUUUGCACACUCUUGGCAUUUUCUCAACCAGCUUCACCUGGAAUGCUUUGCCAACAGUCUUGAAGGAGUUCCCGCAUAUGCUGAGCACUUGUUGGCUGCUUUUCCUUCACUCUGCCGUCCGACUCAUCCCAAACCAUCUCAAUUGGGUUGAGGUCGGGGGAUUGUGGAGGCCAGGUCAUCUGAUGCAGCACUCCAUCACUCUCCUUCUUGGUAAAAUAGCCCUUACACAGCCUGGAGGUGUGUUUUGGGUCAUUGUCCUGUUGAAAAACAAAUUACAGUCCCACUAAACCCAAAUGAGAUGGGAUGGCGUAUCGCUGUAGAAUGCUGUGGUAGCCAUGCUGGUUAAGUGUGCCUUGAAUUCAAAAUAAAUCACAGACAGUGUCACCAGCAAAGCACCCCCACACCAUAACACCACCUCCUCCAUGCUUUACGGUGGGAACUGCACAUGCGGAGAUCAUCCGCUCACCCACACCGCGUCUCACAAAGACACGGCGGUUGGAACCAAAAAUCUCAAAUUUGGACUGCAGACCAAAGGACAAAUUUCCACCGAUCUAAUGUCCAUUGCUCGUGUUUCUUGGCCCAAGCAGGUCUCUUCUUCUUAUUGGUGUCCUUUAGUAGGUUUCUUUGCUGCGAUUCACACAGUCUCCUCUGAACAGUUGAUGUUGAGAUGUGUCUGUUACUUGAACUCUGAAGCAUUUAUUUGGGCUGCAAUCUGAGGUGCAGUUAACUCUAAUUAACUUAUCCUCUGCAGCAGAGGUACCUCUGGGUCUUCCUUUCCUGUUGAGGUCCUCAUGAGAGGCAGUUUCAUCAUUUCGCUUGAUGGUUUUUGCGACUGCACUUGAAGAAACUAAAAGUUCUUGAAAUGUUUCGUAUUGACUGACCUUCAUGUCUUAAAGUAAUGAUGGACUGUCGUUUCUGUUUGCUUAUUUGAGCUGUUCUUGCCAUAAUAUGGACUUGGUCUUUUACCAAAUAGGGCUAUCUUCUGUAUACCACCCCUACCUAGUCACAACACAACCAAUUGGCUCAAACACAUUAAGAAGGCAAGAAAUUCCACAAAUUAACUUUUAACAAGGCACACCUGUUAAUUGAAAUGCAUUCCAGGUGACUACCUCAUGAAGCUGGUUGAGAGAAUGCCAAGAGUGUGCAAAGCUGUCAAGGCAAAGGGUGGCUACUUUGAAGAAUCUCAAAUAUAAAAUGUUUUAAUUUGUUUAACACUUUUUUGGUUACUAUAUGAUUCCAUAUGUGUUAUUUAAUAGUUUUGAUGUCUUCACUAUUAUUCUACAAUGUAGAAAAUAGUAAAAAAUUAAGAAAAACCCUUGAAUGAGUAGGUGUGUCCAAACCUUUGACGGGUACUGUAUAAUUACAAAAACAUAUAUGGGGGAUUGGAAAUGAUGCAGACAGUUACAUUGAUGGAAGCUACAAUCUAUCUGCAACAAUAAAGCUGAUCUAACCCCUACAUAAAAAAGUAAUAAAGCUGGUGGGACAUUUAGUUGAAGUUGACUUUGGUCUACUUCAAAUUAGUCUGCUACAGCCGGACAUGAUUGAAAACACCUGUGACUGAAUUAAUGUUUCAUGAGUUUUCCAUGUAAAAGCUUGUUGUCUAAAAGUUGGUUAAUUAAUACAUGUAUUGCAUUUACCUCUAACUUGCACUGUCUUUCUAACUGCUGCUAGGGGCGGCAGGUAGCCUAGAGGUUCGAGAGGCAGGUCAGCAAUUGGAGGGUUGCCGGUUUGAAUCCCUAGUACAACUGGCAAAUUUGGUGGGGAGUGAGCCAGUAACCGGAGGGUUGCUGGCAUCCGUGUCCUAGAGGCCAUCUUCUGCCGUUGUGCCCUUGCGCAAUGCCCGUAACCCCUACAUCUGUCCAGGGGCACUACACUGUGGCUGCCCCUGGGUUCCAAUCCCUUUUAUACAAGUAACAAGAUGAGAUUAGGAGCACUCCCUUUAAGAGUGUGCUCCUAAUCUCAGCUCGUUACCUGUAUAAAAGACACCUGGGAGCCAGAAAUCUUUCUGAUUGAGAGGGGGUCAAAUACUUAUUUCCCUGAUUUUUAAAAUGCAAAUCAAUUUAUUACAUUUUUGACAUGCGUUUUUCUGGAUUCUUUUGUUGUUAUUCUGUCUCUCAAUGUUCAAAUAAACCUACCAUUUAAAAUUAUAGAUUGAUCAUUUCUUUUUCAGUGGGCAAACGUACAAAAUCAGCAGGGGAUCAAAUACUUUUUUCCCUCACUGUAUAUAUAUAUAUUUUUUUCUUUUUUUUAUUGUCCUUAUUGUUAUUUUUCUCCUUCUUUCUUCCUCUUCCAGGUUGUACAUGGGAGUUUGCAGCAAUGGUAGGUUACAUCAAGCGGGCCUUCCCCCAGACACUGCUCAUCGUGGUGGGCUUCAGCCUGGGGGGGAACAUUGUGUGCAAGUUUCUGGGGGAGAACAGGAUCAACCAGGAGAGAGUGCUGUGCUGCGUCAGUGUCUGCCAGGGAUACAGCGCACUCCGGUAAGUUGCAAUGGAAUUCAUCCAUUUCACAAAAUAUAGCAUGUUACAAAUGGCACCCAAUACAUUGUGCCAAGUAGAACGUUGUUGAAAAAUGUUGAUGCUGUGAUUCGGCUACAUGUGAAUAAAUAAAGAUGUAAAGCCAGGACUCCCUUGAAAAAGAGAUUAAUAACUCAAUGGUAGUCCCUUGUUUAAAUAAAGGAUAAAUAACUAAGCGUGUGUGUAAACGGGUGCGUGCUAUGCGCGAACACGCGUGUGUCUAGAUCCACGCCUGUGUGUAUUUGUGGAAGGGGCAGGCAGCCAGUCUGGCCUCUCUUUGUUCAUACCAAUAGGUAGGCCAUGGCCACCACUUUACCCCAUGUAGCUUUUGUGUUUGUCAGCAUCUGUUUAAUCUCACUCAGAGCACUAUACACACACACACACACACACACACACACACACACAAACGUGUGACUCCACCUCAGUGACUGACUGCUAUUGUCUCUCAUAGACCUCAUUUCACCCUGUUUAGCUGUGCACUUUUAGACACCGACACUGUCAUUUUUCACGUGCACUCUGCAAAUAGUCUAAAGUAGGUUACUCCGGCUAUAAAAACCUGCCAUCACAUGCCCAUUACCUGUUUAUACAAACCACACCCAAGUGCUACCAAAGUGCUUACACCACUAAUACACUUUUCACAUAGGAUUUACGGUAUGUUGCCUGUUAAAAAAUAAAAAAAUCGGCCUAUGUUUAUAUGACCCCUGUUAAAGCAGGCCCGGCAUAAGCCUUUUAUACCUCCCGUGCAAAUGCCGGAACAGAGUGCAUGGGAGUAGGGCUGUGCAGAUGUGGGUGGGCGUCUAUUUUAAUAAACCCAUUGAAUAUACGCCAUCACAAAUACAUCUGUUAAUUCGUUAAGACAAAAGAAUGGAAUAGCAUAUUUUUUGUAAAUUAUGCUACUGGUCUAUGAAGCCUAAUUGGCUGCGCCAUGCAAAUCUAAUCCAUAUUUUGUUAUUUUGUUCAUUAAAUAGACAGGACACACUUACCCUGCCCUGAUCACAGUCAAUCCACAUCUACAUUACAUGACCAAAAGUAUGUGGACACCUGAUCAUUGAAUAUCUCAUUCCAAAAUCAUGGGCAUUAAUAUGGAGUUGGUCCCCCUUUGCUCCUACAACAGCCUCCACUCUUCUGGGAAGUCUUUCCACUAGAUGUUGGAACAUUGCUGCAGCCACAAGCAUUAGUGAGGUCGGGCACAGAUGUUGGGCGAUUAGGCCUGGCUCGCAGUUGGCGUUCCAAUUCAUCCCAAAGGUGUUCGACAGGGUUGAGGUCAGGGCUCUGUGCAGGCCAGUCAAGUUCUUCCACACCGAUCUCGACAACCCAUUUCUGUAUGGACCUCUUUAAUUUAUUUUUGGCACGGGGGCAUUGUCAUGCUGAAACAGGAAAGGGCCUUCUCCAAACUGUUGCCACAAAGUUGGAAGCACAGAAUUGUCUAGAAUGUCAUUGGAUGCUGUAGCGUUAAGAUUUCAUUGGAACUAGGUUACUAGGUUUACCUCAGGUAACUUAUUAUUAACAAGGUUACAGCUACUUGGUGAGCACGCACACUGUUCACCUGAGUACAUGUUGUGGUCACCAAUAGUGAGGUGAGACACAGUUUAAGAGGCGAUGGCUGGCGGAUAGCCAUCAAACAUUAAACAUUUUCUGGUUAUGGUUAACCAUAUUUGUUUUAAGAAAAAAGUGUACAAUCUAAACAAAACGCAUGUCCCUGUCCUCUUUUUCAAGAUGUGGCCGAUUUUUAAACAGCCAGAAUAAUUUUUUUAAUUAAGAAAUAACCAUUUUAUUGACGACUUGUUUUUUCUAAAUGGCUGCUGGGUAAUUUGAUAUGCAUCAAUCUUCGUUCGUAGGCAUCAAAUUGAGCGAAUGCUGCACAGGUUCACUGAGUUGCAAACCAAAUGGGUAUAAUGGGGUGAUUGUUGUCUAAUCGGGUGGUCUAGCUAAUGGAUUUGUAGAUCUGACGCAGUUGCUACCUCAGAUUAUGAGCCUAGCAAGUGUCAUGAAGUGUCAGGUCUCCCGAGUGGCGCAGUGGUCUAAGGCACUGCAUCGCAGUGCUAGCUGGUUCGUAUCCAGGCUCUGUCGUAGCCGGCCGCGACCGGAAGACACAUGGGGCGGCGCACAAUUGGCCCAGGGUAGGGGAGGGAAUGGCCGGCAGGGAUGUAGCUCAGUUGGUAGAGCAUGGCGUUUGCAAUGCCAGGGUUGUGGGUUCGCUUAUUACAGGGGGCCAGUAUAAAAAAAUAAAAUAAUGCUCUGGAUAAGAGCGUCUGCUAAAUGACUAAAAUGUAAAUGUAACUAAGGGGCCUAGCCCGAACCAUGAAAGACCGCACCAGACCAUUAUUCCUCCUCCACCAAACUUUACAGUUGGCACUGCAUUCGGGGCAUGUAUCGUUCUCCUGGCAUCCACCAAACCCAGAUUAGACCGUCGGACUGCCAGGUGGUGAAGCGUGAUCCAUCACUCCAGAUAACUAAUUUCCCCUGCUCCAGAGUCCAAUGGUGGCGAGCUUUACGCCAUUCCAGCCGAUGCUUGGCAUUGCGCAUGGUGAUCUUAGGCUUGUGCAGUGCUCUAAGGCACUGCAUCCCAGUGCUAGCUGUGCCACUAGAGAUCCUAGUUCGAAUCCAGGCUCUGUCGUAGCCGGCCGCGACCGGGAGACCCAUGUGGCGGCGCACAAUUGGCCCAGCGUCGUCCAGGGUAGGGGAGGGAAUGACCGGCAGGGAUGUAGCUCAGUUGGUAGAGCAUGGCGUUUGCAACGCCAGGGUUGUGGGUUUGAUUCCCACGGGGGGCCAGUAUGAAAAAAUUAAAUAAAAUGAUGUAUGCACUCACUAACUGUAAGUAGCUCUGGAUAAGAGCGUCUGCUAAAUGACUAAAAUGUAAAUGUUGUGCUCGGCCAUGGAAACCCAUUUCACUAAACUCCCGACAAACAGUUAUUGUACUGACGUUGCUUCCAGAGGCAGUUUGAAACUCGGUUGUGAGUGUUGCAACCGAGGACAGACAAUUUUUACGCGCUUCAGCACUCGCCAGUCCCGUUCUGUAAGCUUGUGUGGCCUACCACUUCGCGGCUGAGCCGUUGUUUCUCCUAGAGGUUUCCACUUAAAUGAUAAUGCCUGAGAAGCCGGUGUUUGGAGGAUUUAUUGGCACGGGUGCUGUUUGACCCGAGACGAUGUCGAGGGCCGGCAAACCGUGCCAAUAUGUCCUCCAAACACCGGCUUCGAGGGCAUUAUCACUUUUAUACAACGGGUUACCAACAUAUUCAAAUAAUGAUUGACAUAUUUCUUAUUAAAAACAUUAUUUUGAUGAAUUUAUUAAUACUAUUUCAUCCUUCCACAAUAUAUAGUCCCGACACACAUCUAGGGUUGCUACCCAAACUAGCUGGUCGUUCGUUCUAUCAGUUCGGUUUCCAGAGACACGACCCAGUCGUUCAGUCUCUUUGUUCUGUAUCUAUGGACGCGACCCAGUCAUUCGUGGCUGGCAACUUUCUUGUCCCUUGCUUGCUUGCUUGCUUGCUUGCUUGCUUGCUAGCUAGCCAACUACGGCUAAUUUACAGUCUCGUCAACCAGUGCAGCCAGAAUAACAGCAAAGUAGCUGCAUUUGCGUUUGUUUAAGCUGUUUUCUAUUGACAUUUAUUUGGAUACAUCCAUAACAAUGAGCCAAUGAUGCGUCAGGACACGGUUGUUCAGAGGAGCUUGCCAGCAACACCGCUAACACAAUCCCUUCAAACUGAAGCUGGAAAGACCGCAAACUAGCUGCGCUUUGUUUCGUUUUGUAACUUUUUUUUCAAUUGACUUUUCUUUGUGUAUAUAUCCAUAAAAAUUAUGCCAGCUGAUUCAUGAUUUUGACUGGUUGAGAAACGCUGCCUGUCUCUCGUCCCGACACGUUCAUUAUGGGACAGCUGGAUAUCGAAUUUGAAUAUUAAAACAAUGUUGCAAAUGUCGGCGAGACUGACUGCAAGGUUUAUACAAAUCUCCGCUGUUGAAAACUAAAUGUUAGUCUAAAAGAUGUGAGAUAAUGUCUAGAUGCUUUUUAUAGUGGCGAUCAAGUUUAUAAAUUGUCUGGCUGGGCUGAUGAGACGGUGGAUUGCGCAGUCAGAUGGAACAGAGUUUUAAUGUCAUAGAUUUAGCCGGUGGUAACUUGUGGAAUAGACACCGGCUGGAAUGCGCUUUUAACCAAUCAGCAUUCAUGAUUAGACCCACCCGUUGUAUAAUUCACAAUAACAGCACUUACAGUUGACCGGGGCUGCUCUAGCAGGUCAGAAAUUUGACGAACUGACUGAAAGGUGGCGUCCUACGACGGUGCCAUGUUGAAACUCACUGAACUCUUCAGUAAGGCCAUUCUACUGCCAAUGUUUGUCUAUGAAGAUUGCAUGUCUGUGUGCUCAAUUUUAUACACUUGUCAGCAACGGGUGUGGCUGAAAUAGCCACUAAUUUGAAGGGGUGUCCAUAUACUUUUGUGUGUGUAAACAUAGUGUAUGUGUAUAGGGGUAAGGUGACUAGGCAUCAGGAUAUAAGAUAAACAGAGUAGCACCAGCUUGUGUGUGUGUGUGUGUGUGUGAAGAGUCAGUAUAAAUGUAUUCACAUUUUACGUGUGAGUGAGCAGAUGAUGGAGUGAGUGUGUAGGGCCCUGUGAGUGUGUAUGGAGGCAGUGCAUAAACAAAAGGUUCAACGAGGAUACAAGGUUAAUAGUCCAUGUAACUAUUUAAUCAGUCGUAUUGCUUGGGGAUAGAAGCUGUUCAAGAGCCUGUUGGUGCCAGACUUGAUGCAGGCUGUAACACAACAAAUGUGCAAUAAGUCGAGGGGUAUGAAUACUUUUUGAAGGCACUGUAGAAAUACAUGCACAAUAACAGAACCACUCAUUGUGUGUCAUUGACUUGGUGCCGUUAUUGACUGUCUGUGUGUGUGUUAAUCCAGGGCCCAGGAGACGUUCCUACAGUGGGACCAGUGUCGGAGGCUCUAUAACUUCCUCAUGGCAGACAACAUGAAGAAGAUCAUCCUCUCCCACCGGUACAUAAAACUGCUAAAACACACAUCUUAGUAGUUAGUACACAUAUCACUACUGUCAUAAGUCCCUAUGCAAUGUUCAGUCUUUAAAAUCAGACCUAGACAGAAAUCCUAAAUAAAUUGGCCUAAUAGUUCAUGUACUAGCUACAUGCUUAAAGCCAGACUAAUUUACGUAAUUUGUGAUUAUGAAAUAUCGAACUGUCUGGACGACAAAACAAACCCAGGCAAGACAUCAUGUAAACAAACCCAGGCAAGACAUCAUGUAAACAAACCCAGGCAAGACAUCAUGUAAACAAACCCAGGCAAGACAUCAUGUAAACAAACCCAGGCAAGACAUCAUGUAAACAAACCCAGGCAAGACAUAAUGUAAACAAACCCAGGCAAGACAUCAUGUAAACAAACCCAGGCAAGACAUGUAAACAAACCCAGGCAAGACAUCACGUAAACAAACCCAGGCAAGACAUCAUGUAAACAAACCCAGGCAAGACAUCAUGUAAACAAACCCAGGCAAGACAUCAUGUAAACAAACCCAGGCAAGACAUCACGUAAACAAACCCAGGCAAAACGUCAUAAUAUGAGAGUUCUCAAGCGGCCCGGGGACGGUCAUGUAAUUUAUAAUAGAUGAAUUGUCAUAUUGCUCAGAGUUUGAGAAUUAGUUGCUUAUUAUAAUAUCUCGAUGUGUGCUCGAUGCUGCCCUUCAUCCCUGAUUCUCUGCUGGGCGUGCAAUAUAAAGUGCGACCUUGUGUGGUUUCAAUAAAAUUAUCCAUAGCCUAUACUAUAGGCCUAGGCUAUAGGAAGAGCAUGCUCUGAGAAGCACAGGGCAAAGUUAUAUUUCUUAGAAAAUGUACUUCCUUCCCGAGUUUUGGCGCUGCUGGGAUGGUGUAUAUAAAACUAGGCUACACUGCAUUACACACUGCACUGGAUAGGCGUUCCCAAUCAUAAGCCCCGGCCUGCCCUGCUCUUGCUGAUGUAAACCUUUUUGUGCUGUCUAACCAAUGACUGUGCUGUGUACGGUGGCACUUCAGGAGGCGAGUCAAAGGCUUCUUCCGAAAAUACGUUUUAACUUAUAUCUAUAUCUGUGUGUGCUGACUAGGCCUACUGAUGUCCUGGGCCCGGUUUCCCAAAAGCAUCUUAAGGCUAAGUUCAUCAUUAGAACCUUCGUAGGAAGCAUCAUUAAAACUCAGAGCUGUUUCCCAAAACCAUUGUUAUUAACGUUGCACUUGAAAACGCUCGUAAUCUAAAGCCUGCCUCAGACCAGCUAAGUGUGUCGUUGGAUGCUUUUUUUGCCCUCCCGCGUCACUUUAAUACACCGCUAAACAUAGAAUCGCCGUGACCACCGAUGACUUCACAACAAAGUUGAGUACAAAUGUCUUUUCAAUUGUUACAAACAAGUGAAGGAUAAAAAUAUUAUUCAAAAGAAAACCGAGAUGACUGCAUUCAAAGAUAAAUAGCCUACCUACAGUAUAGGCCUAUGUGUACAAAACAUUAGGGACACCUUCUUAAUAUUGAGUUGCACCCCCUUUUGCCCUCAGAACAACCUCAAUUCGUCGGGGCAAGGUGUCGACCGCAUUCCACAGGGAUGCUGGCCCAUGUUGACGCAAUGCUUCCCACAGUUAUGUCAAGUUGGCUGGAUGUCUUUUGGGUGGUGGACCAUUCUUGAUACACACGAAACUGUUGAGCAUGAAAAACCCAGCAGCGUUGCAGUUCUUGACACACUCAAACCGGUGCGCCUGGCACCUACUACCAUACCCCAUUCAAAGGCAGUUAAAUAUUUUGUCUUGCCCAUUCACCCUCUGAAUGGCACACAUACAUAAUCCAUGUCUCGAUUGCCUCAAGGCUUAAAAAUCCUUCUUUAACCUGUCCUCUACAUUGAUUUGAAGUAGAUUUAACAAGUGACGUCAAUAAGGGAUCAUAGGAUUCACCUGGUCAGUCUGUAAUGGAAAGAGCAGGUGUUCCUAAUGUUUUGUACACUCAGUGUAUGUCAAUGAUUGACAUUUCAUGUUAAUUCAAUUGAGUUUUAUUUGGGUACUGUCAAACAUUUUGACUCAAUAUAUUUCAUGAUGUGUAUCCUAACGUGCGCAAUGAUGUACCAAAUCUUGAUAAAUAAUCUUGCAUUAUUAUAGGGUAAGCAUUCGAAUAAGCUGACUCUCAAUAUUUGCAGGCAUAGGUGAUAUCUCUCUAGGACCUAAUGUUAAGGUAAGAUUUGAAUGGAAAAGCUGACCCGAGAGCAGCGCUGCCUUUCUGUCGAUUCGAUCAGUAUCGACACAUGCCUCAACGACACACUUGGCGAACGUUCUCUCUGUGUGUUGUUUUGGGAAACAUCUUUGGCCGUUGUAGGAAAGAUGCAUCGUUAAAACACUCGUAAGCCUAAGUUCCAUCGCUAUCGGGAAACCGGGCCCUGUUCAGUUUGAGAGGGAGAGCACGAAGAUGAGAAGGAGGACAGGAGGUAAGCUUGCUGCUGCUAUAAUUGAUUUUCGAGUAAUUUAUAUAACUUAUAUUACUAUGAAGCGGCAGUCGCAGAGAUGGACAGCGCAUGGGUGCUGAAAGUAGGCUAAUUCGAAAAGGCCUAAUUAAUUAAAAUUUUUAGUCAUUUAGCAGACACUCUUAUCCAGAGUCUUAGAGUCGUGAGUGCAUACCAUUAUUUUUUUGUCAUUUUAAUUUGACUUUGUGUUGGAGCCUAUUUAUUCCUAUUCAAUAAGUAAGAGGUAGGCCUCUGUUUGACAGAUUAAAUUACUAUCCAUAGAUUUUGUCAGCCAAUUCCUUAAGUCACCAUGCACUCCUUAAAUAUCUGUGUCAGAGAAGAACUUGGUGUGUUACGUUAAAACCAGGGCUCAAAUUGAGGGGGUAUGUGAGGGUAUUGUGGCUUUUGUUAAAGAAAAUGGCUAAACGCAUAGGUCUACCCCUUUUGUUAGCUUAACAUAAAAAAAUGUAAUAAAAAAAUUAAAGGACCCGAUUUUAUAUAAAGCGAUCUAUAAUGAUAAAGCAUCGUUAUACAUCGCUUUAUAUAAUCGGGUCAGUUUUUUUUUUUUUUUUUUUUUUCGUAUAUAGCUUUAUGCUACAAACAAGCUGUAAAAUGCUGGGAAAGAAGUGACUCCGAUGCAUAUGGGAUGUACAUCUUUGGUUUGUCUCUGACAUUCGGAGGCUGCACUACAACCUUCUAUAGCCGAGGAGACAAAACAUUUACUUUGCUUGGAAAGUAAUGUGUGAUUCUGUCACUAUCAAUUGACGUUCGACAUUUCAACAGGCUAUUAAACAACAUACCAAAUCCGUCAGAAGCAAGCCAGGUAGCCUAUGAAUUAUUUAGGCUAUAUUUUAUUAUUAUUAUUAUUAUUAUUAUUAUUAUUUAAAUGCUAUAGCCUGCCGUUUUUAAGAAAUCAAUUGUGAAGCAUUUGUGACAUGCUACAGGCUGGCAGGAGUGAUCAGUAGUUCAACAACACAUCAAUAGCACUUCAACAACAUGCCUAUAAAUUUAGCAUUUUGACUGUAUGAAUUGAAAAAAAAAAUAUAUAUAUAUAUAUAUAUAUAUAUAUAUAUAUAUAUACACACACAGUACCAGUCAAAAGUUUGGACACCUACUCAUUCAAGGGUUUUUCUUUAUUUUUUAAAAUGUUUUACAUUGUAGAAUAAUAGUGAAGACAUCAAAACUAUGAAAUAACACAUGGAAUCAUGUACUAACCAAAAGUGUUAAACAAAUCAAAAUAUAUUUUAUAUUUGAGAUUCUUCAAAUAGCCACCCUGUGCCUUGACAGCUUUGCACACGCUUGGCAUUCUCUCAACCAGCUUCAUGAGGUAGUCACCUGGAAUGCAUUUCAAAUAACAGGUGUGCCUUCUUAAAAGUUAAUUUGUGGAAUUAAUUUCCUCCUAAAUGCGUUUGAGCCAAACAGUUGUAUUGUGACAAGGUAGGGGGGUAUACAGAAGAUAGCCCUAUUUGGUAAAAGACCAAGUCCAUAUUAUGGCAAGAACAGCUCAAAUAAGCAAAGAGAAACGACAGGCCAUCAUUACUUUAAGACAUGAAGGUCAGUCAAUACUGUAAAUUUCAAGAACUUUGAAAGUUUCUUCAAGUGCAGUCGCAAAAACCAUCAAGCGCUGUGAUGGAACUGGCUCUCAUGAGGACCGCCACAGGAAUGGAAGACCCAGAGUUACCUCUGCUGCAGAGGAUAAGUUCAUUAGAGUUACCAGCUUCAGAAAUUGCAGCCCAAAUAAAUGCUUCAGAGUUCAAGUAACAGACACAUCAACAUCAACUGUUCAGAGGAGACUGUGUGAAUCAGGCCUUCAUGGUCGAAUUGCUGCAAAGAAACCACCACUAAAGGACACCAAUAUUAAGAAGAGACUUGCUUGGGCCAAGAAACACGAGCAAUGGACAUUAGACCAGUGGAAAUGUGUCCUUUUGGUCUGGAGUCCAAAUUUGAGAUUUUUGUUUCCAACCGCCGUGUCUUUGUGAGACGCGGUGUGGGUGAAUGGAUGAUCUCCGCAUUGUGUAUUUCCCACUGUAAAGCAUGGAGGAGUAGGUGUUAUGGUGUGGGGGUGCUUUGCUGGUGACACUGUCUGUGAUUUAUUUUGAAUUCAAGGCACACUUAACAAGCAUGGCUACCACAGCAUUCUGCAGCGAUACGCCAUCCCAUCUGGUUUGGGCUUAGUGGGACUAUCAUUUGUUUUUCAACAGGACAAUAACCCAACACACCUCCAGGUUGUGUAAGGGCUAUUUUUACCAAGAAGGAGAAUGAUGGAGUGCUGCAUCAGAUGACCUGGCCUCCACAAUCCCCCGACCUCAACCCAAUUUGAGAUGGUUUGGGAUGACGGCAGAGUGAAGGAAAAGCAGCCAACAAGUGCUCAGCAUAUGUGGGAACUCCUUCAAGACUGUUGGCAAAGCAUUCCAGGUGAAGCUGGUUGAGAGAAUGCCAAGAGUAUGCAAAGCUGUCAUCAAGGCAAAGGGUGGCUAUUUGAAGAAUCUCAAAUGUAAAAUAUUUUUGGGUUACUACAUGAUUCCAUAUGUGUUAUUUCAUAGUUUUGAUGUCUUCACUAUUAUUCUACAAUGUAGAAAAUAGUUUAAAAAACUUUUUAAAAAACUUAAAUGAGUAGGUGUGUCCAAACUUUUGACUGGUACUGUAUAUAUUAAACCACAACAAAAAAAGUGACAUUUUAUUUGGGACUUAGAGUCUGGCUUUAAUGUACCUUGUCUGUUAAGAACACCCCUUACAAAAAAAGAUUGCAGUUUUGAAACUGCAGUAAAAGUGCAGUAACUGCAGUCGACAGGUAUUUUGGACAUAGUAAUAGCAGAAUAACUACAAUUGAACUGCAGUUAUACUGCACUGUAACUGCAGUCGCACUGCGAAAUUACUGCAGUAAAAAAACAUUAUUUGGACCCAGUAUUUUCAGUAUACUGCACUCUGACUGCAAUCUUUUUACUAAGGGACACUUCUGAUACUUGUGUUGAGGUGGUUAUUUUUGUGCAUUUAAUUUAUUUACGUCAUACACCGUACGUUCUGGUGACAGGGGCAGUUUUUGGAAUGACUGAGCAAGGGGCAGUUAAGUCCUUGAGGAAUAACUCGACUUUUUUCUUAAGCAGGGGACACGUCUAGCACUGCAGGAUUUGAGUCCCUGGCGGUGUGUAGUGUGUACUGAUGGUAGGCUUUGUUACUUGGUCCCAGCUCUUGCGGUCAUUCACUAGGUCCCCCCGUGUGGUUCUGGGAUUUUUGCUCACCGUUCUUGUGAUCAUUUUGACCCCACGGGGUGAGAUCUUGCGUGGCGCCCCAGAUCGAGGGAGAUUAUCAGUGGUCUUGUAUGUCUUCCAUUUCCUAAUAAUUGCUCCCACAGUUGAUUUCUUCAAACCAAGCUGCUUACCUAUUGCAGAUUCAGUCUUCCCAGCCUGGUGCAGGUCUACAAUUUUGUUUCUGGUGUCCUUUGACAGCUCUUUGGUCUUGGCCAUAGUGGAGUUUGGAGUGUGACUGUUUGAGGUUGUGGACAGGUGUCUUUUAUACUGAUAACAAGUUCAAACAGGUGCCAUUAAUACAGGUAACGAGUGGAGGACAGAGGAGCCUCUUAAAGAAGAAGUUACAGGUCUGUGAGCCAGAAAUCUUGCUUGUUUGUAGGUGACCAAAUACUUAUUUUCCACCAUAAUUUGCAAAUAAAUUCAUUAAAAAUCCUGCAAUGUGAUUUUCAGGAAAAAAAAUUCUCAAUUUGUCUGUCAUAGUUGAUGUGUACCUAUGAUGAAAAUUACAGGCCUCUCUCAUCUUUUUAAUUUGGAGAACUUGCACAAUUGGUGGCUGACUAAAUACUUUUUUUCCCCACUGUGUAUAUAUAUAUAUAUAUAUAUAUACAUAUACAUACAGUACCAGUCAAACGUUUGGACACCUACUCAUUCAAAGGUUUUUCUUAAUUUUUUACAUUGUAGAAUAAUAGUGAAGACAUCAAAACUAUGAAAUAACACAUGGAAUCAUGUACUAACCAAAAAAGUGUUAAACAAAUCAAAAUAUAUUUUAUAUUUGAGAUUCUUCAAAUAGCCACCCUGUGCCUUGAUGACAGCUUUGCACACGCUUGGCAUUCUCUCAACCAGCUUCAUGAGGUAGUCACCUGGAAUGCAUUUCAAUUAACAGGUGUGCCUUGUUAAAAGUUAAUUUGUGGAAUUAAUUUCCUCCUAAAUGCGUUUGAGCCAAACAGUUGUAUUGUGACAAGGUAGGGGGGUAUACAGAAGAUAGCCCUAUUUGGUAAAAGACCAAGUCCAUAUUAUGGCAAGAACAGCUCAAAUAAGCAAAGAGAAAUGACAGUCCAUCAUUACUUUAAGACAUGAAGGUCAGUCAAUACUGAAUAUUUCAAGAACUUUGAACGUUUCUUCAAGUGCAGUCGCAAAAACCAUCAAGCGCUGUGAUGGAACUGGCUCUCAUGAGGACCGCCACAGGAAUGGAAGACCCAGAGUUACCUCUGCUGCAGAGGAUAAGUUCAUUAGAGUUAACUGCACCUCAGAUUGCAGCCCAAAUAAAUGCUUCAGAGUUCAAGUAACAGACACAUCUCAACAUCAACUGUUCAGAGGAGACUGUGUGAAUCGCAGCACCCCCACACCAUAACACCUCCUCCUCCAUGCUUUACGGUGGGAACUGCACAUGCGGAGAUCAUCCGCUCACCCACACCGCGUCUCACAAAGACACGGCGGUUGGAACCAAAAAUCUCAAAUUUGGACUGCAGACCAAUGGACACAUUUCCACCGAUCUAAUGUCCAUUGCUCGUGUUUCUUGGCCCAAGCAGGUCUCUUCUUCUUAUUGGUGUCCUUUAGUAGGUUUCUUUGCUGCGAUUCACACAGUCUCCUCUGAACAGUUGAUGUUGAGAUGUGUCUGUUACUUGAACUCUGAAGCAUUUAUUUGGGCUGCAAUCUGAGGUGCAGUUAACUCUAAUGAACUUAUCCUCUGCAGCAGAGGUACCUCUGGGUCUUCCUUUCCUGUUGAGGUCCUCAUGAGAGGCAGUUUCAUCAUAGCGCUUGAUGGUUUUUGCGACUGCACUUGAAGAAACUAAAAGUUCUUGAAAUGUUUCGUAUUGACUGACCUUCAUGUCUUGAAGUAAUGAUGGACUGUCGUUUCUGUUUGCUUAUUUGAGCUGUUCUUGCCAUAAUAUGGACUUGGUCUUUUACCAAAUAGGUCUAUCUUCUGUAUACCACCCCUACCUAGUCACAACACAACCAAUUGGCUCAAACGCAUUAAGAAGGCAAGAAAUUCCACAAAUUAACUUUUAACAAGGCACACCUGUUAAUUGAAAUGCAUUCCAGGUGACUACCUCAUGAAGCUGGUUGAGAGAAUGCCAAGAGUGUGCAAAGCUGUCAAGGCAAAGGGUGGCUACUUUGAAGAAUCUCAAAUAUAAAAUGUUUUAAUUUGUUUAACACUUUUUUGGUUACUAUAUGAUUCCAUAUGUGUUAUUUCAUAGUUUUGAUGUCUUCACUAUUAUUCUACAAUGUAGAAAAUAGUUUUAAAAAAUAAGAAAAACCCUUAAAUGAGUAGGUGUGUCCAAACUUUUGACUGGUACUGUAUAUAUUAAACCACAACAAAAAAGUGCCAUUUUAUUUGGGACUUAGAGUCUGGCUUUAAUGUACCUUGUCUGUUAAGAACACCCCUUACAAAAAAAGAUUGCAGUUUUGAAACUGCAGUAAAAGUGCAGUAACUGCAGUCGACAGGUAUUUUGGACAUAGUAAUAGCAGAAUAACUAAAAUUGAACUGCAGUUAUACUGCACUGUAACUGCAGUCGCACUGCGAAAAUUACUGCAGUAAAAAAACAUUAUUUGGACCCAGUAUUUUCAGCAUACUGCACUCUGACUGCAAUCUUUUUUCCUAACGGACACUUCUGAUACUUGUGUUGAGGUGGUUAUUUUUUGUGCAUUGAAUUUAUUUUACGUCAUACCACCUGUACACUGUUUUCUGGUUGACAGGGGCAGUUUGUUUGGAAUGAACUCGAGCAAGAUGGACGACGCAGACCUAAGCCGACUGUACACAGCUACCUCUCUAAUGCAGAUCGAUGACAAUAUCAUGAGGUAACGGCAGGCUAUCUCAGACUGUGGUGGCCAUUUUGAAGUGAUCUUGUCCUUGUAAUUGUUGCCUGAUGUGUUUUUUUGUUAAUGCAUUUCACAGAAAGUUCCAUGGUCACGACACGCUGAAAGAGUACUACGAGAAGGAAAGCUGCGUACACUACAUUCACAAUGUGAGUGAACACGGACCAGGCCGGUGUCUCCCAAAACCUUCAUAGCUGAAGUAGUACAUUAUUGUUCUUGACGACCCAGACUCAAGUCUCCUGUAGAAACACGAAGUGCUUCAUUGAACGAAUUUUGCUCGGCAAGGCUAAGAAGAUUGACGUCAGAUAUUGAUUUUAUAAUUGUUACACUAUUGUGAUUGUCGGGCUGGGUUGUGGAGAUUUAUUUUUACUACCUUAGCUACUAAGGAUUUGAGAAACCUAGCCCAAAGUGAUUACAAAGUGGUUUUCAAACUUUGAUGAAUGACUAUGACAAUCCUAUUUCAGGUCAAUGUGCCUCUUCUGUUGGUCAACUCCUCAGAUGACCCUCUGGUCCAUCAGUCACUUCUGACCAUCCCACGCACACUCGCAGGUAUUAGCUCUAUUCAUUAAGAGUUGUAACUAAUUGAGUAAUCAUCACAAUUAUUGAUUCAUUAAUACCAAGUAUUUAUUAAUAGUGCUUGAUGGCAGUUUUAGUAGCCGGUAAAGGAUAUCUUCCAAAAAUCGAUGGGAGUAAAUGGGGCAUGCUCACCAAGCUCACAAUUUAUGGCCAAAUCACCUCAGAAACGUGUACUGAGCAUUCUUAUUUGAUUACAUUUAGUUUAAUGCAAAAUCUUGAUACACUCGUCAUUGUGACGAUGUGUGAUGUCAUUAGUAGUAGCACAAUUAAUUAUUCAACCAACUCCAGGGUCACAUCAACUUAGCCACUUCUUCCUUUCUCUGCUGGGGACACUAUCUUUAAGUGUUGACCGCUAAGUGUUGAUAUAUCCUUCUCUUAGCUCUCUUUCGGCAGCAUCUCCCUACCCAGACAGUCUUGUUGAAUUUUUCAGGGCCACCCCCCCCAUGCUGUGUGGUAUUAUUGAUAGGGUAUGUGUGUGUGUGUGUUGUCAGUGUUUGUGUGUGCACUUUUGUGUGUGUGUGCGCCAUGUGUCGCCCGCAUUUAAAGUAUUUUUCUACCUCAGUGACCCUUUUUAGUGUGUAAAUCAAUAGCCACAGGGCUUGUAGGAGAAAGGUGCUGGUGUCUACUGCCCCUGAGACCAGGACUGCCCAACCCUGUUCCUGGAGGGCUACCGUCCUGUAGGUUUUCACUCCAACCCUGUUCCUGGAGGGCUACCGUCCUGUAGGUUUUCACUCCAACCCUGUUCCUGGAGGGCUACCGUCCUGUAGGUUUUCACUCCAACCCUGUUCCUGGAGGGCUACCGUCCUGUAGGUUUUCACUCCAACCCUAAUCUAGCGCAUCUGAUUCUAAUAAUUAUCUGGUUGAUAAGGUCCUCUGUAGCUCAGCUGGUAGAGCAUGGCGCUUGUAACGCCAAGGUAGUGGGUGCGAUCCCCGGGACCACCCAUACACAAAAAUGUAUGCACGCAUGAUUGUAAGUCGCUUUGGAUAAAAGCGUCUGCUAAAUGGCUUAUUAUUAUUAUUAUUAUUAUUAUUAUUAUUAUUAUUAUUAUUAUUAUAAGCUGAAUCAGGCUAGUUACAACUGGGGUUGAAUUGAAAACCUACAGGAGGGGUAGCACUCCAGGAGCAGGGUUGGAGAGCCCUGCCUUAGACCCUUGUAACUCUAUGCCUGGCCUGCAUAUUCCAUAGGGGACUGUGUUGUGGCGGCGUUCUAUAGGGGAUAUAGGCUAUCCUCAUCCUCGCCACCAAAGGCUACUAGAGUGCAAACAAACUAUUGUAUGGGACAACUGCGUAGACACCAAUAUGGAAGUAGACUCAUGUACAGUCUGUAGGCGCACACAAACAUGAGUAAGGGUGAGAGUGUCAUGCUCUCUAAUAAAGGUAGAUGGGUUCAGUCAGUCGGUGUUACUCCGGUUCGCCUUAACGGCCAGCACUUAACCCCAUUAGCGCUGUCUGUCUGUAUCUGGAGGUCACAGUCAGGAAGCCAGCCAGCGAGCAUCAGUCUGCCUGGGCUCUUUCAGCAGCCAGUGCUGGCACCAGCUGUCUCUGCUGUGUGCCUCUCUGCUCCCUCUCAGCACUGAUGAGCUGCCUUUAACUGGCCUGUGUGUUUGUGUGCGUGUGCUUCCUCCAAAUGGAGCGCUAAUCACAGGUCAGCUGCCACCACCUCACCACUAUCCUUAUUUACUUUACAUAGAGACAGACGCUGAUCUAGGAUCAGUUCUUUUUGUUUUUAAGUCCUAAUGAAUAAGAUGAUAUGGACAGGGGGGACCUGACCCUAGAUCAGCACUCCUACUCUGAGAUGCUUUGUAAAUACAGGCCCAUGCCGGUCAGUGGGAUACCUGGUCAGGGCAGGCCUGUGGCUGUGUUAUUUACUGACUGUUGUAUUAUUUACUCUGGUCACUAGUGUUUCUGUAAUGGUGCCGCCUGGGCCGGCGUGAAAGACUGGGUUGCGGUUAGAAUAGAAAAGCAGUGUGCUCCACGUUUUGUAGUCUAUAUAGACUUCUGUCCCAUACACGUUUGAUUUGCAUCUGAGCCUCUCUUGCGUUCAGUUUGCAAUGACUAAAUGUUACGAGAGGGAAAGGGAGUGCUACAUAGAAAGAGUGAGAACGUGAGAGAAAUAAAGAGCGUGAGGGCUGAGAGUGUUGGGUGGCAGAAAUGGAAAAGGAGACUAGGCCUAGGAGUCUGGCUCUGCCAGAAAGAGCUACCUGCGAGCUAGCACAAAAAUAAACAAAUGAAUUGUCAGUACAUUGGCAAUAUCUAAUUCAUUACCUCAUCAAUUUGCACAGUUAUAUCUACCAUUCAAGAGGUGUUCUGCAUCAUGUUUACUGCAUUCAAGUAAGAGUGCAAUGACCUAAUCUAGAUGAACAAUAGAGCACUAAAAUGGCUUCUGUUGCCAUUUAGCCCAAUACAUUUUGACUUAGUCUACAGCAUUUUUCAGAGAAGUAAAAAGCUUUACAGCUUUUCUUACUUUCAAGGCAUACAUAUCCAAUACAACUAUUGGUAUACAGUAUAUAAAAGGAUAGUUCUGCGACUUGGCAUACUUUGGUGGUAUCUUAUCUAGUAAUAGGCCAGUAGUAACAGCAUCCACCAAAAGCCGUUGUUUACGUAACGACACCACCGCAUGCUAACUGUUAGCAUCGUUCUAUCUCUCUUUCUCCACCUCCCCCAGAAAAGAAGCAGAAUGUGAUCUUCGCCCUGACGCUCCACGGGGGUCAUCUGGGCUUCUUCGAGGGGGCUGUGCUGUUUCCCCAGCCACUCACCUGGAUGGACAAGGUCAUAGUGGGCUAUGCCAACGCAAUAUGCCAGUGGGAGAGACACAGACCGCCCUGCCAGAGGACACGUCGUGGUCCCUGUCCACAGGCCAAACGUAAAGCUUAA